UGAUGUUCACUGUGGUGUGGAGCGGGACACCGGAGGAUGAGUGAUCCGCCGAGAGACCAUGCAGCCCCGGGCAAGAGGAAAAGUGGAAGGAACAAAAUCAUGGCCUUUUAUGGUUGAGAAAUUGAUCAUCAUGAAGAUACUUGUGGUCACUUUGGUCCUAUUCUUGGCAAAAGGAAUGGUGGCUCGUGCCUUUCCCGUUGAGUCAGAUACUGGACCAACUCAUGGUGAAAUCCUUUUAACUGAUAUUAACUUUGCCAAUACAUCAAUGAAUAUUCAUGAUCCAAGCCCCAUUUUGAAAGAGUUGGCACAGAACAUGACCCUGCUGUCGAAAGAAAUCCAACAGCAAAUGCAAACUUUGAGCAUAAAUCUUCAUGACCAGACAAAUAUGGUCAGAGAAACGUUGAGCUCCCUGCUUGAAAGGCGUCCGGAUUUUCCUGAAGGCAUCACCCAGCAUCUGGAGAAUUUGAAGGAAAACUUCAACCAGUUCAAUUUGAACUUUACGACAGUUCCUCUCAAGCAGAUUUCAGGAGAAGGGGUUUAUCAAGAAUUCACACAGAACAUGGACCAUAUUCAGCAGUUGUUUGGAUCUUUGGUUCAGUUGUUCCAUGGAAAAUUCGCAGAGGGAGUUGAUACCGUAAGGGAAUCUGUGGCGCCUGCAGCUUAUGGAAUCAAGAGACUUGUUGAAUUGUCCAAAGCUGCAAAACCAAGUGCAGAAACACCAGAAUUGUCAUAAAGUUAUUUGAUGGAUUCUGACACUAAUGAAGAAAAUUCAGGAUAACGAACACAAAUUAAACUUCAAAGUAAUCAAAGUGAGAAAGAUCAACCCCCAUUCUUUAUUGAAAAGCAAAAGUUCUGAAAUACAGGCAGAGAGUGACGGAAAUGCUCUGUAGACCAGGUAGCAUCUGUGGCACCAGUGAGGCAGAGACAAAGAGAGUUAAUCAAGAAAGUUCUGAUGAUAGGUCACAUAGGGAAUACGGGAACUGGAGAAGGCCAUUCAACCCCUCAGGCUUGUUCUGUCAUUCAAUGAGAUCAUGGCUGAAUAAUGGCCUAACUCUGUAUAUUUGCCUUUGCCCCUUAUCCCUUAAUAUCUCUGCUUAACAAAACUUUACCCACUCAGAUCAUGGCUGAAAAUGUG